AUGCCUCUACUACACCUCCCAAAUGAGAUUUUGGUCAAAAUCGCCCGUGGACUCUGGGAAGAGAACGAUCUGAACGCGUUUGUUCGCGUUAGCCGACACCUCUAUACACUUCUCAAUGCCUACUUAUAUGCACAUAAUCUUCGCCGAUUUGUAAACAACAAUUUUGAUAUUGGCAGAGCCGCUCUUCUUCGGGCUAUCAUCCAUCGUGGGCCUGAAGCGACAUACAAAUUAGCCCUCGAGGCAGAGAGAAAUUUAUCUCCUAGCAGCUACCCUUGUCCUAGUGAUUGCGCCUUGAAACUUGCGAUGAUACUCGAACGAGCAGAUGCUCUUACGCUUUUAUUUGAGAAUUGCGACUAUCAUCAUGCGGACAGGACGGCCAUUCUUAAAGCAGCUCGUAUUGGAAACGUUGACGUUUUCCGUACCAUGAUCGAGUCCGGGUGUUUUGAACCUAGUUAUACAGAUGACAAUGGUAUGACCUCCAUCAUGGAGGUGGCAAUUCUUGACCAUGUUGAGAUUGCUCGAUACCUGCUUGGUUUUGAAGAAGUCGAUCUUAAUGUCAGAUGGGACGGAGGGUUCACACCCUUAUAUAUGGCCGCGCAGGCCGGACAUGUCGAGAUGGUCAAGCUGUUAGUCGCCACUGGAAAGAUUGACGUGAACGCCGAAAAUGACUAUGGCACUACAGCACUCAGCGCGGCGGUCAGGGCAGACCAACUAGAGUGCGUGCGGGCACUUCUGGAAGAUGACUCGCUUGAUCCUAAUGCGGGAGACUUUGAUCAGAUGAGCCCAUUGCAGGAUGCGGCUGUAUCUUGGAGACUGGAAAUGGUCAAUUUACUACUCGAGGGGGGCGCUGACGUUAAUUUCGCAGAAAACGGUACUACGGCUCUGGAAUGUGCUGUACAGGGCGGCAAUUAUGAUAUUGUGACCACCCUUCUCGGCGUUCAAGGCAUUUUGGUAAAUAGCGAGAUUCACCCUUACUUUACUCAAUCCUGGUUCCUGGGUGCAGUAACCGGUGGAUAUGUUUCUAUUGUUGAGACUGUCCUCGCUCACGCAGACAUCGAUGCAAACGCUAAAGAUGCUGCGGGGAAUCCGCCCUUGAUUGUCGGUAUCAUUGAAGGACAGACCGAAACCGUCUUUGCCCUUCUGGCUAGCGGUAAGGUUGACGUCAAUUUGGCAGGAUCUUCUGGGCUUACUCCUCUACAUGUGGCAAUAGACUCGGGGUACGCUGAUAUCGUUAGUCGGUUGCUAUCUGCCGACGGCAUAGAACCAAAUUUGAGGGAUGAUUUGGAUAGGACGCCAUUGGUACUGGCUGUUGGCAGACAAGAUCAUGAGAUUUUGGUAAUGCUCUUGGAAGUGGAAGAAGUUCUUUAUCAUGCGAUAUUCGGAUAG